UGAGUGACGUUCCACGGUCCGGCGAGUCUGACAGGGGUUGAGCAACCCCGCCCGCGCCCGCAUCUCAAAUUUUUGGGGCUCUCGAGACCGGCUGCAACAAACACGAUCCGACGCCCACGACAGCCCGAGAAGAGUCGCCAUGGCGCCCAUGAAAGCUCACGGAAACGCUUCGACUGCGGAAAACACCACGAAAGAGCGGUUCGCAGAAGACGCGCACCGCCGCAAGCGCGUGAAGCUCUCGGACAGCUCUUCCGAGCACUCCUCUGCAUCGGAUCACUCGGCACUCAUCCCCACGAGCGUGCCUGAGGAAUCCACUGAUGCGAGCGAUAUCGACAGCGACAGCUCGAGCGAACUUUCUGAGUCGAGUGAGGCGCCCAGCUCUGAAAGCUCAAGCGAUGAGGACAGCGACGACUCCGAGUCGGAGGCCGAAUGGCAAGACGGCGAGGCCGACGUCGUGAAUCUGCGAGCCAACAGAGGGAAGAAGCCCGUCAUGAAACUGGGCGAUGAGGCACUCGACGGAGACAUACGCCCCUUUCUGAAGAAAUUCCUGCCGAAGUUGAAGGCCGCGAAUGAGAAGCUGGAGGCGGAGGAGAAAGCUGGCACGCUGAAGGGCAAGGUGAUAGAAGAAGCGGACGGCGAGGAGGAGGGGCAGUAUAUUGAGAUGGACCUCGGUCUCGGCGUGCUCGAAGCCCAACGUUCGGACGCAAGCGACACUUCCGCGAGUGAAGAUGACGGGGAUGGCGGCCGCGAGGACAGGCCGACACAGGAGAAGGACAUACUGGGCAAGCUGAUGGGCCGAGAAAUGACGAAGGCUACAGCGAGCAUUCAAGAAGUAGAGGGCUCACUCCAAAAUGGUACUUGAGCGGCAGAGAGUAUGUGCCUCAUUCGCAUCGAGGAAGAAAGGCCGAAGCCGUAGCUUCCUGUCUAAAGAGAAAAUUACGUGCUCGACGGCUGCACCUCCCAUGUCCGACCAAC